AGUUUAAAAAGCCAUGGUAAGUACUUCUGCUGCGAUCUAUAGAGUACAGAUGCAUUUCCCAAUUUUUCUUGGUUUUUGAUUUUGAAUUAGGAAUAUUUCCCUCGGAUUCCUAGAUUACAAUUCUAACUAAGUGGGAGUGAUAACAUACUGGAAAUCGAUAUGGAACCAUCAGAUCUGAAAUUCAUCAUGGACGCUGGGCAAACUUUUCGAUGAAUGGUCGUCACAGCUGGAAGUUUAACUGAAUACUGCAAUGGCGGACACUGACAGCGAUAGUUAUGCGUCGUCGUCUACAUCCAGUUUCUUGUCCGCAGCUGCGAGCGCUGUCGUUGAACCAGCCUCAGAUGAAUCCCCGGACUUCGCCUCCCCUAGACCAGCGAAGCGACGAAGGGGCAAACGAAAUGCGGUAAUUACAAUUCAAGUCUCAGCCAAGGAUGCCCAGAACCUUAGCGAUAUUCACGAUAUUGGCGGUGGCACCUAUUAUCGCGCAUUGCCCAGCUCCGCAUUUGAAAGACCUGCGAGGCGUCGUCCUACGGUUAUCGUCUCUACAGCAGAUUUCUCAGCUGCAUCUAUCACGUCGCAAGUACAAGCUUCGCCGCAGUCGCCCAAGGAUGUCAGCUCUAGUUCAAAUCCCGAUAUGGAGGUUGAUAUUCCGAACCAUAGUGUAUCCAGCGAACAAUGUGAAAUUUCCUUUCCUGCUACAGCAUCUGUAGAAUCUCCAACUAGAGCACGUGCUUCAUCAUUUGAUGAAUCUCCGACUGUUGCCCCUGCUGAAUCCGUUCUUGAGCAAUAUACAGAGUACCCAACUACGCAGAGCAACCAAACUGCGCCUGAAGGAGAUACAGUAAAGUCACUGCCGGUUGCGGCUUUUGGAGUGACUUACCUCGUUCAGGACUGCGGCACCGAAGGAGUUGUUAUGAAUGGCCAGUUUUUUCAGUUGGCCAGAGCGUAUCAUGAGAACGAGUUUCCGCCCGGUGAAAUUGGAAAUAUUGUUACAUGUUUCCGUGGUUUCGACUCAAAGCUGUAUUAUCUGCUGACUAUGCUAGAUUAUGCUGACGUGGUGUUUGUGGUACCACGGGAUUUCUUCAAUUCAAAAGCCUCUCACCGCGCCACGCUUCUGGAUUUUUACCAGAGUUUUCCGUUGAGAUGACAUUUCCACCCAUGCCUCACUCUCAGCUUGCUUUAACGGUCAAUAUUUAAUCAGCAUAUUUAUCGACACUAUUAUCAUUUUUCAGAAAAAUUGUGAUUUGUUUGUAGUUUGACAAAAAUUAUGUGAACGUUUGAACUUUGUAUAUACGUAGUUGAAUGUAUAAUAACUUUGCGAGAAAAGCAGCUAUGUUAAAAAACUUUUGAUCUCAAGACGCUAGUUGUGACUUGUGAGUUCACUGACUGUGAGUUGAAUGCGGUUUUGUGCAACUAUGCUUAAUCGACUAAAUUUGUAGUGAUUAUUUUGUUUGCAGUAUUCGGACUAUGUAUUCUCAAUAUUUAUUGCUGUAUAUGGUUCUGUAUUCUGUAUAUUAUUGUAUUUAGAUACGGUG